UCUUUCCCGCUUUCUCGUGACCCGCGCCAUAGACGGAACUCGCAUUCCUUGGAAGAGCGCUCUCGUUUGGCCCGUGGGCAUUUCAAUUGACAGAAUCAUGCCUAUCAUCUCCUAUCAUACAAAGGGUGCGGCAGACGCUAAGCUUCGGAGUUGAACUUGUGAAGGCCCUGCGAAUGGGCCGCACGCUCUCUGGACGACCCAGACAGAGCGACACAAGCUCAUCUGGCGAAGAAUCAGAAGGAGAUGGAGGCCAACAGCACGCUCUGUUCCAUGCGCUGGCCCAGGGACGGGGUAUGGAGUCUCUCGACGCGCCCUCGGAAUCGGUGGACUAUCGCCAAGCGCAACGGGCUCGGUUACAGCAAUUAAACAACGAUGAAGUUGCUGCUCGGGUCGCUGCUCGCGUCAAGAAGGACGCAGUUUUCGGACAAGGCGAGCACGCAGCCUUCGGUGCAGGGCACCGGCGGAGCAGCGACACUGGCGCGGGGUUUAGUCCCCGGGAAGGGGGGGCGCCGGGCCUCAUGCCCAGCGCAAGCGGGCGCCACCCGCCGACCAUCAUGCCCAGCGCAAGUGGGAGACACCCGCCGGCCCUGUUGCCCAGCGCUAGUGGGAGGCCUGCACCGGGCCUGGUGCCAAGCGCCAGUGGGAGGCAUCAGCCCAGGCUCGUGCCCAGCGCCAGCGGCAGGCACCCAGCGGCAGGCGACAACGCCGGGCACGCGGGCUUGACUGCGCCCGAGCCGGCCGUAACGCUGACCCCUGUAGCUGAGGAGCAGCCGCAACCGGCGGCUGUGGGCGGCACAGGGCUGGGGACCGGCGCCGCAACGCGGCCUGACAGCCCGCUAGAGAUGCAGCUGCAGGCCCUGCUGCAACAGCAACAACAACGGCCGGCGAGCGGCGCGCAGGGCGCCGCCGACGGCUUGGACAGGAAAGGCGCGGACUACGGCGCAGCCGCCGCUGCCGCGGCGGUCGGAGCUGCAGCUGCGAAGCCGCCGUCGGCGGCGCAGGUGCCGUUGGUGCCGCUGAUGCUGGCGACGGUGCCUCUGGAGGACAAGGCAGCGGGCGCGGGUGGUGGCGGGGGCGGCGACCGGCCGGGAUCUCGGCCGGGCGGGCCGCGGCGGCCGGACACAGCCAAUAGCCUGGCCACGUCGCUGGCGCAUGAGGACGCCUACCCCAACUUCGACACGUUCCUGAACUCGCUCGUCGCCACCUUCAACACGCUGACGCUGGAGAACUACCAGAACACCAUGUACGGCGUGGUGCGCGCCUCCAACUGGGGCAGCUCCGUGUUCUUCGUGGCGUGGAUCGUGGUGGGCAAGUACAUCCUGCUCACGCUGUUCCUGGCCGUCACGCUGGAGGCCUUCGAGGCCAAGUACGACACGCAGGGCGCCAACAGCAGCUGGGUGAGCAAGAUGCGCUCGGCGAUGGGCUCGGCGGUGGGCUCGGUGGUGAGCAGCGUUAAGCGCUCCAUAGGCAGCCGCCGCAGCAGCGUGGACGGCGGCAGCGGCACUCAGACGCCCACGCAUCAGCAGGGCCGCGGCCGCACCUCCGGCUACGGCGGCCAGUCGUCUUGGAUAUCGCCGCAGCUGACGGCGCAGGACACGGCAGCGCUGUCCGCACGCAGCGAGGCGGGUGCGGGGGCGGUGGCGCUGGCGGCGCUGCCGGCACCUGAUAUGGUGGCUGGCGGCGCGGGCAAGGGAGAUGAGGGAGGCAACGUGGCGGCGGCGACGUUUGACCCCCGCGUGGCGGCGGCGGCGUGCUCGCCGUAUGGCAAGGCCUCGCCGCGCCCCAAUCCGGAGGCUGCCGGCGCGGCAACAACAGCGGCAGCGGCGGCUGCAGCCGCAGCGAACGGGACCGCCCAGCGUAGCAGCAGCAGCACCAGCAGCGGCAGCAACGGCGGCGGCGCGGCCCUGUACGACAGCGCCAGCAGCAACCACCACGCCACGCCGCGUGACGGCAUGGCGGCGGGCGUCGCGUCGCGCCGCGGCCCCGGCCCCGGCCCAAUCGCUGAGGCCACGGAGCGGCGGGGCAAUAACGCUCGCACGAACGAGAUCGGCGGCGGCGGCGGUGGCGGCGCCGCCGCCGCCAACCCCUACGCCGCGACGUCCCCGCGCGGCAUGUCUGCCAUGGCCGCCGCCACCGCGUCGGCGGCGGCGCAGGCCCGCCGCAGCUCCGCUCCCAACGGCGCGCCUUCCGCGGGCUGGCCGCUUGGCGCGGCGCCCAGCCGCACCAGCGCCAGCGGCGCCGGCGUGCUGGCAGGAGGGCCGGCGGCCGCCUCUGCGGCGGCGCCGCCUCCCGGCGUGCAUGCCUACAAGCGCUACGCCACCAACCUCAACCCGCAGAAGCCCAGCCCGCGCGGCGGCGCGCGCUCCGGCGAUCAGCCGGCGGCGGGCGGCGCCGCCGCUGGCCGCAAUGGCACGCAGGCCUCAGGCUCGCAGGAGGAGGACAGCGAGGGCGGCUACGAGCGGGACGUGUUCGCGACACAAGGCACCGACCUAAGCUCGGAAAUGGACACGCCGCGUGCAAUCAACCCUCACCCGCACCCGGCGGUGGCGCCGGUGCCCUCGCCCUCGCCAGACGUCGUGCCGCCGGGCGUGCAACAGUUGCACCCGCACACGCCGCCGCACCCGGCAAUGCCGGUGCCGCCGCCGGCGGCGCUGGCGGCGGCGCGGCACGCUGCCAGCAUCCGCGCGCGCACGCCCACACGCGAGCUAGACGAAAUGGAGGGGCUCAUGUCGGGGCCGCCGGUGGCGCCGUCGAGCCGCGCCCAGUUUGAGAUGGCUAGGAGCUUCCACCACAACAUCUCGCUGGCGUCGCUUGCCAGUGGCAGCGGCGGCGGCGGCGGCGGUGGCGGCGGCGCGGGCGGCGGCGGCAGCACCGACGGCGACAGCGCGCCGCACUCCUUCACUCCCGCGCUGGCGUCGUUGAGCAUCGCCGUGCCGCCUCAAGCGGGCGGCGUGGAUGAUCUGAUUGCGGAGGAGGCGGCGCGUGCCGGCAGCCCCACGGCGGCGGCCGCCGCGGCCGCGGUAGCGGCGGGCGGGCGCACGCCGUUGGCCACACACACGGGCUUCGUGGCGGCGGGCAGCAGCAGCAUGCCGGCCGACCACCUCGACCGACGCGGACGGUCCACCGACAGCGGCCAGUAUGUGAUCGGGCCCUCCCUCAACAAGUAUGCCAGCAUUGGCGUGGUGGGGCGGGCCGGCGCCGCCCUCGACGCCGCCGGCGGCUGGCCGCCUUCGGGCCUGUCCCGCUCCUCUGGCGGCGGCGCUCCGCCGCCGACGCAGGCGCCGCCGGGCGGCGCCAGCACUCGCUCGCCGUCCCCUCUCGGCAGCAGCAGCGGCGCGCACGUGGCACACCCGCACCCUCACCCGCACCCGCACGUGCAGCGGCACGGCGGACCCUACAUGGCGCCGCUGCCGCCGCCGGUUGCGAUAGCGGAAGACCUGGCGGAGGCCGAGGCGGAGGCGGAGGAGCGGCGGCUCAGCCCGCGCAGCCCGCGACGCAGCAUCGGCGGCGCCAGCCGCGCCUCCGGCAAUGGCUACGCGGCCGGUCCCGGCGCAGGCGCUGCCGGCGGCGCGCCGGCGUCGGCGUUUGUGAUGACCGGAGUGGAUCUCACCAGCUCCACUGAUGACGACGACAGCGACGUGCCGCAGGCGCGCCUGCCGGCGCACGCACACCCGAACGCCCGGCGGCGCCCGCACCCGCACCCGCACCCGCACCCGCAGGCGCAGGCGCACCCCUAUCCGCACCCGGCCCCGCACCCGCACUCCUCUUCGCACGCGCACGUGUCGCACGCAGAGGACGUCCGCGGUGAGCCGGCACUGCCGCGGCACACCUCGAUGGAGGCCAGCUCUUCGCCGGAGGCCACGGCCGCAGGCAUCUCCGCCCCCACCUCCGCUUCUGCUUAUAAGGCCGCGGCUACAGCCGCCGGCGCCGCGGCUGUAGCAGCCGGGCCGGGUCGCCUCGACGGCGGCGGCACGUCGCGCAGCGGCGAGGACAGCGGCCGGCGGCGCCGCCGGCCGCGGCGCAGCAGCGUGGGCACGGCCACCACGACGGGCGACGAAGCCACUACGGAGGACGCCGACACCGACGGCAACGGCGUCAGCUAUGACGACGACGACGGCGGCGGCUUGGUGGAUGACAAUGACCCGCUGCUGUUGGCCUUCAAUGAGGUGGACACCCAGGGCCUCAUGGGGAACAGCCGGGGCCCCAGCCCCGGGCCCAGCCCGGCACCCAUGCCGCCUUCCUUGGCGGCAGCUGCGGCGGCAGCGAUGUCAGUGAAACCGGUAGCGCCGACGGUGGUGCCAGUGCCGGCGACGCCGGCGGCGGCGGCGGCAGCGGCGGCUGCCGCCGCCGAGGCGGAUGCGGAUGCGGCGGCAAUCGCGGCGGCGACCGCGGCCUCAGCGGGGGCGCUUCCGGUGGGUGACGUGAUUGCGGGGCGCGCGUCUCGCGCGUCCAUCACCGGCCAGGGCUACCACCAGCACCAGCACCAGCACAACGGGCACGGCGGCGGCGGCGGCGCCGAGUCGGCGGCGGCGCGCAUCGCGGCGCUUGUGCACGCAGACGUCAGCGGCCUGAGCGACGACCUGGGGCUCGGCGGCGGCGGCGGCGGUGGCGGCGGUGGCGGCGGCGACACGGCGCGGAACCUGGGUUUGGAGGAGCUGUCGGCACGCGACGCCGCAACAGGCGCACGGGUGUCUGGCACGGGUUUAUGGUCGGCGAGUGCGGCGGCGGCGGCCGCCGGCGCCAAGGCGGCGGCGGCGCCGUCGCUGGGCCGCAAGGCCGCCGCCAACGCGGCCGCCAACUCGCCGUCUGACAGCGAGCCAACGCCGGCGCUGUCGCCGCGCGGCGGCGGGCGCGGCUCGCCUGCACCCAUCGCCAAGGCCUCCGCCGCCGCCGUGGCGGCGCUGGCGGCGGGCGGCGUGGCGGCGGCGGAGCCGUCGCCGCACAAGGCGCGCCCGCGCGUGUCGAUGGCGCUGCCGCCGGAGGUGGAGGCGGAGGGGAUGGCGCCGGGGGAGCGCGCGACGCCGUCGACUGCGGGCGGUGCCUCUGGCCCCGCCUCCGGCGGCUCGGCCGGCGGCCUGCUGCGCUCGGGUGGCCUGCAGAGCAUGAACACAAACGACAGCCUGGGCAAUGAGAGCAUUGAGCACAUGGAGAGCAUCGUCAGCCGAGCCACCACGGCGCUGACAGACGACACACUCGACGGCGCCGGCCGCACGCGCACGCGCAGCGCCAGCGGCGGCAAGGGCGGCGACGGCGCCAGCGGCGAGGGUGGCGGCGGCACGGGCGGCGAGGGCGAGGACGGGGCGGGCGCUGGCGGCGGCGAGGCCGGCGUUAAGACCAAGAAGUCGAAGAAGAGCAAGCACAAACACACCGGCGACCGCAUCCCGCUGGAGGGCAAGUCCUUCUUCCUGUGGGGGGCGCAGCUGCGGCUGCGGCGCAAGGCGUACCGCAUGGUGUACGGCAGGCCGUUCGAGUACACGCUGUUCGCCAUCAUCGUGUUCAACUGCGGCAUGAUGGCUCUUGAGGGGCCGGACGUGCCCGAGACCUCGCCGCUGGGCCUGUUCCUCAAGUGGGGCAACGCCGCCUGCACCGGCCUCUUCACCCUCGAGCUGCUGGUCAAGGUGUUCGCCUGGACGUUUGUCCGCUACAUCAAGGAAGUCACCAACCAGGUGGACUUCCUAGUGGUCGCCACAGGGCUGCUGGAGCUGACGCUCACGUCCUUCGACAUGUCGGCGGUGGCUGCGCUGCGCGCGCUGCGUGCGCUCAAGCCGCUGCGGCUGCUGACGCGCAGCGCGGGCAUGCGGCUGGUGUUCAAGAGCGUGCUGCUGAGCCUGUCGGCCAUGGCGCACGUGUCCGUGCUGUGCGUCAUGUUCUUCCUCAUCUUCGCCAUCCUGGGGGUGCAGCUGUUCAGCGGCAAGCUGUACAGCUGCAACGACGGCAGUGUGGCGGGCAAGUGGGAGUGCAACGGCACAUUCGUGGACCCCGCCACCAACACCACCCUGGACCGGGACUGGGAGAACAUGUGGCCCAACUUUGACAACGUGGGCAACGCGCUGAUGACGUGUUUCGUGGUGGCCAGCCUCAACGGCUACAGCGACCUCAUGGUGGCCGCAAUGUCCGCGCCCAAGGUCAAGGGCGAGCAGCCGCAGCUCAACAGCAACCCAGGGGCGUUCUUCUGGUUUGUGGGCUUUACGGUGGUUGUGGCCUUCACGCUCCUGAACCUGUACGUGGGAGUCAUCUUCAGCCAGUUCAGUAAGAUCAGGAACAUGAGCACCACCGGCUCGGCCUUCCUCACCUCCAAGCAGCAGGAGUGGGUGGAGCUAAGCAAGAUGGUGUUCCGGCUGCGGCCGCCGGAGAAGUCAGCACUACCGCGCGGUGCGCUGAGGCUGCGCGUGUGGCGCGCGGUGCAGGCGGCCUGGUUCGAGCGGCUGAUGAUGGUGGUGAUUGUGCUCAACGUGUCGCUGCUGGCGGCCACCUGGUACGGCGAGCCGGAGGAGGCCAUCAUGGUGCAGGGCAAACUGAACAUCGCGUUCACGGCCGUCUACGUCGCCGAGGCCGCGCUGAAGCUGUUCGGGCUGGGCCGGCGCGUGUACUUCAAGGACCCCUGGAACCGCUUUGACUUCUUCCUGGUGGUUGUCGGCGUCUUGGACGUAGCGCUGUCGUUCCUGCACUCGGGCUUCAUGCGCAUCCUGAGGAUAUUCCGCCUGCAGCGCCUGCUGCGCGUGAUGCGCCUCGUGCGCAAGAGCAAGGGCAUCAAGACGUUGUUCCAGUCACUGGUCAUGUCGCUGCCGGCCUUCGGAAAUGUGGGCGCGCUGAUCGGGCUGUUCUUCUUCAUGUACGCCUACGUGGGCGUUAUGCUGUUUGGGAAGGUCAAACGCGACGACAUGGCCGCGAUCAACGCCUCCGUCAACUUCCGCAACUUCCUGUACGCGUUGUCGGCGCUGUUCCGCGUGGCCACCGGCGACAACUGGACCGACGUCAUGUACGGUUGCAUGCUGCAGCCGCCCGACUGCGACAAGGCCGCGGGCAACUGCGGCAGCUGGCUUUCGGUGCCCUACUUCAUGACCUUCUUCCUGAUCAUUGCCGUGAUCAUGCUCAACCUCUUCACGGCCGUCAUCAUCGAGAACUUUGAGAAGACGCACGAGCAGGACGCCUGGCGCCUGACGCCGCAGAACCUGGAGGACUUUGUGCUGCUGUGGGCCGAGUACGACGACGGCACCGCCACCAUCGCGCCCGCCUCGUUGGAGGAGCUGCUGCUGCGGCUGGACCCGCCGCUGGGGCUGGGGCAGUUCGCGGACAACAAGGAGGUGCUGCGGUUCGUGUACGACCUGGACAUCCCGCUGGUGAACGGCCGCGUGCCCUUCCACAAGACCGCCUUUGAGCUGGUCAAGCGCACCAGCCAGACAGACAUCCCCGAGGGACAGCUCAAGGUCCAGCUGGAGGCGCUGAUCGACGCGUUCUUCCGCGACCUCAACGCCGCCACCGAGGCAGACGAGCAGAUGAAGUUCAACGUUGCGGUGUCCGUCAUGCUCAUCCAGCGCCGCUGGCGCACACGCAUGCGGGCCGCGCGCAUGCGCAAGAAGAAGGCCUGGCGGGCGGCCCGGCGCGAGGGCCCCACCUACAAGGCGCUCAUCAGCGGCGGCGAGGCGGCCAAGGUGCUGGACGCACUCAAGCUGCAGCUGGCGGCGGAGGCCGAGGCAGACGCGGUACUGCGCCGCAUCGCCGCGUUCAAGGCCAAGGCCAUGAACCUGCCGCCGCCGCCCUCUGUGACGGCGCCGCCGGCGGCGGCGCGCUGGGCGUUCAACCCGGCGCUGGCGCCGCCGGCGCUGCGCGCCGCGCUGACGGCGGCGGCGGCGCAGGGCGGCGCGAGCGGCGUGCCUGGCGCGAAGCGGAUCGUGGACCGCUUCCGGCGCCUCAUGAGCGGCUUUGGCGGCGCCGCCAAUGCCGGCGGCGAUGACGAUGAUGAGCUGGGAGUGGCGCCGGGGACCCACAGCAGUGGCGCGGCGGCGGCGGCGCCUGGCGGCGGCCGCAAGCUGGGCGGCUUCAUUCGCGGCAUGCGGCGACUGAUGACCAUGACCAGUGGCGGCCGCGGCCGAGACCGGGAGCGGGAGCGGGCGCCGCUCGGUGGUGCCGGCGGCGCCGCCGGCACAUCGGAUGGUGGCGGCCAUGACGACGAGCGGCGCAGUGGCGGCGGCCGCGUCGGCGGCGGAGCGGGCGGAGAGCAGGAGCACGCGGAGUCGCCGCCGCCGCCGCCGCAGCGGCGCAGCAGCGACAACGGCGGCGGCCUCCGCCAGUUCCUGCGCCAGCACACGCAGUGGAUGCGUGGCAGCGCGGCUGCCGGGAUCGUGGGGGAUCACGACGGGGACGAGGACGGGGACGGGGACGAGGGCGAGAAGCAUGUGGUGGAGGAGCGCCGCGCGCGGCGGCAGGAGCAGCGCGAGCGGGCGCGCCUGGAGGCGGCGGCGCAGGCGGCGGCGACGGCGGCGGCGGACAAGGCCGCGGCGGUGCGGCGCGCCCCCAGCACGGGAGCGGUGCUCGCCGGCGCCGGGCCGGGGGCGGGCGGUGCGCAGUUGGAUGCGGCGCAUCGCAAGCUGCAAGCCAUGCUCAAGUUCGCCGCGGCCGCGUCAGCGCUCACGGCGGAAGCGGCGGCGAUCGCGGACGAGCAUGCGGUGAAGCGGCGCGGCUCCGCGGCCGCCGGCUUCGCCGCCGCGGGCGGGCCAGCGCGGCCGCGCAGCGCUGGCGCGGCGCUGCGUGCCGGUGCCGCAGGGGGCCGCCGUCAGCGUGAUUCGCUUGAGACGGAUGAGGAGGAGACGGAGGAUGAGGCGGAGACGGACCUCACCCGCGGCGGCGCCAACAGCGGCGACAAUACCCGGCGGAGCGGCGCCAACACCGCACGCCGCAGCAGCGCUGGCUACAGCAGCCGUGGCAGCAGCCGCGGCGGCGAGAGGCUGAGCGUGAUUGGGGAGGAGCAGCGCGAGGGCACAAGCGCCCGGUCCCGGCGCCCCAGCGGCCGCAGCAGUGGCGGCGAGGGCGAGGGCAGCAAGCCGGACAGCCGUGUGGGCUCUGUGACGACGUCGGGGCACGGCGGCAGCCGCGGCACAAGCGCGGUGGCUGGCGGCGCGGCGGCUGGCGGUGCGCGGGCCAGGCCGGGUGCAACUGCCGUCACGGCCAGGCGCCGCCGGUCUCUGGAUGAGAUAUACUGAUGAGACAGAUGAGACAAAAUGAGGUGGAGUGUUGGGCUGGUGGGGCGCCGGCUCCAGGCACACGCGGCCUGGUGGCCAGGCGACAGCAUACGAACGCGUGCGCGACACCUCGCAAUUCAUGGCGGUCAUGGGGAAGUAGAGUAAUGAAUGGGGUCUGUUGCGUCCGCCGUGCAUGAUGCAUUGAUGCGUGAUCAUGAGUGACCCGUGCGUGGGGUGAGCAGAUGAUUGCACUUCGGGGCGUUGUGGGUGUUGUGGAUUCUUUCAUGCAUGCGCGGACAGGGGGCUGCUGCUGCUAGUAACAUGUUGCGGGAGGCAUCGUAUGUCGCCGUCCUCGUGAUUCUCAUAUCAGGUGGCGUUGCUUGCUGAGCGUACGGCGCGCCAAUGUCUCAAUAUUCUCAUGACGCAAGACGGGGGAUGUCCGGAUCCAAGAUUGCAUUUGACGUUUGCUCAACGUAGUGGCCUCACACGCACGCCGUGGCCGCACGGACCGGCAGCACCUAUGGCACACAUGUGUUUGUCGGGUGCCAUGGUGCGUGGGCUGCUGGGCCACUGAGUGGCCAGGCAAGCGCCAACGGCCAUUUAUUUGAGCACCGGAGCAACGGACUGCACAUGCUGGGAGCAGAGCACGUGAAGGUGCAAGUGAACCGCCUGCGCCGGGGUAACGAUUGAAGCAGGUGCAAUUAGACAUGGUAAGGAGCAGGUAUGUUCUACUUGCCAUAUGGAGUGCCGUGUCUGCGGCACCGGGCGGCGAAUUGUGUGUGCAAUGGGACAGUGUUGCGGCAGGUUGGUGAGGUCCCGGAGGGUGCAGCUGAUUCCCAGACCCCAGCAGAUGGCAAACAAUUUGCAACGGCAGGGCAGGAGUGCGCGGCUGGUCAAACGCCGGAGUUGCUGUACCGACGAGUUGCUGGCUGGCUGGAAGUUUGCUGACGCGCAUUCCUCACGGGCAUGCCGCAUCUGUGAAGGGCACUGAAAUGUGGGAGUGACGUACAUUGGCAUCAGUUGAAGUCAGGGGUGCCCUGCCCGUAGGGGACGUCACCAAGCAGCCCCUGUGCACAUUGAUGUCAUUGGCACGCCGUCCGAACUGUGUCAGAAGUUCGGGGAGAGCGUCUGCGCGCUGAAUGCGUCCUUCCAGGGGCUGGUACGUUCAUAUCGGUACUAGUGUUGAACAUGUCUGAAUGAAUCGCAACUGCCGCUGCCGCAGCUGCUGGACGUGCGCGCUGCGACGGGCCUGCUGCAAGGCGGGUUUUCAGUGGCAUUGAAGGAAACGGUGCAUGCAUUACCGCCAGGUACCGGCGGUGUUAACGGCGCGUUACAAUGGAGUAACGUCGCCCCGGCAUAGUUAGCUGAUAGAGGUUACAUGUGGGACGACAGCCGUGGACUAGCCAGGGCCCCAAAAACGUACGAGACACGCACGCUCACCCGAGGAGAGAUCCCCGAAUGACCCCCAUGCUCCUCGCCUCCGGAGAGGGGAGGAACCCCAGGCCCGGCUCACCGCAAACGCUAGCGCUGCUCACCUAAGCCGUGGGUCGGCGUCAUAAGACUACCUCUUGCGAGUCCCUAAGCUGAC